CUGCUCUGCGUCUGCGUUCGAGCUGCGUCCGCUCCGAAGCUCAUCGCUGCGGCGCACAGUGCGGCUCAUCGGAAACCUUCUUUUUUCUUUUGUUUUUCACUUUUGUCUCUUCGAUCUCUGAUAUUGCCCUCUUCUACUAUCUACCACCCUUGAUCACUUCAUAUUCACAAUGGCCUCCGUCGAAGACUGCAAAACGCUCCUCAAAUCAACCCUCCGCCAGUACGAGGACUUCCCCUCAAAAGGCAUCCUCUUCGAAGACAUCCUCCCCAUCUUCCAGAACCCCACCACCUUCCAGGCCCUCAUCACCGCCAUGCGUCUCCAGAUCGAGCAGAACUUCACCGGCGACCGCAAACCAGACGUCAUCGUCGGCCUCGACGCCAGAGGUUUUCUCUUCGGCCCCACCCUUGCGCUCCAGCUCGGCGCGGCCUUCGUCCCCGUCCGCAAGGCCGGGAAACUCCCCGGCCCCGUCGUCGAGGCUGAGUUCCAGAAGGAGUACGGCAAGGACGUCUUCGCCAUCCAGGCAGACGCCAUCAAGGCCGGUCAGCGCGUCAUCAUCGUCGACGACAUCAUCGCCACCGGUGGAAGUGCCAGUGCUGCCGGUGAGCUUGUCGCCAAGCUCGGCGGUGAGAUCCUCGAGUACGUCUUCUUGCUCGAGCUCGAUUUCCUCAAGGGAAGAGAGAAGCUUAACGCUCCUGUCUACACCCUGCUCUCUGGCCAGCCUACUAAACUUGGCUCGUGAUUUUUUCGUCCUUUUGUCUGUUUGUAACUAUUUGUGUCUUGUCUGUUUGCCUCCUGUAACUCUACGGUACUACAUCAGGCUAUGAUCUCUACCCUGGCGUCUAUAAAUAUAUACUCAACCA